AUGAGUUUCAGAGGAUUAAAUGAAGUUACUGGAAUAAGUUUAGGAAUGAAUAGAAAACCUACACAGGAUAUUUCUGUUUCAUUAGGAUGUGAUGAUUUAGUUACAAUUUUCAAAAUAAAACGAGCAUUUUUUUCUUCAAAUAUUACAAUCAAAUUUUUUCAUUAUGUUAUAGGCAUGGAUCAAUCAUCAGUUGGCAGUUUUCCAGUAUAUUUCAAUGAAUUGAUGAGUAAACUCGAAAAAAAGAGUUGGCCACCAACGGCUACUAAUUAUGAUAUCGAAAAAGGCUCAAUAACUAUAUACAAUUCAUUCACUAACAAUGACAUUACUAUUGAAAUCGAACAAAAAGGAAAUUGCAAAGUUUAUUCUUCUCGAGAUCCAAAACACCCGUUUACUAUUGAAAAAGAGUUUGCGAAACAGUUACAGUUAAGUAGUGCACUAAGGUACUUUAAAGGAUACUCAUUAUUAUCGCAUUAUUUAUUCGAUACUUCAUUUUGGAAUGAUAUUUCAGUGUACGUUCUUCAAGAAAUUCGAUUGACAUACGAUGAUUUCGUAUAUAUAGCCAAUACACAUACUCUUGUGAAUGAAUUAGAGCUUGCUAUCGCUAGAGGAUUAAUUCAAAGUUUAUCCCUUGACCAAAUCAUUACAUUUACAGAACAAUUCGAUUAUAAACUACCAAGACUUAUGGAAAACUUGCUCAAAAUCCUCCAUUCUCAUGAAAAAGUCAUGAAAAAAUUUGAAAAUGUGAUUGUCAAACACUUAUCUCGUUACGCUGAUGACAUAGAAGCCACAUAUUACUAUGUGAAAUACCUUAUCAAGGCAUGCAAUACGAAAUCCGCUGAGCAAUUCAUGCCAUUAAUGUAUUCAACGUUUGGACUUCAUCCUUUGAGUGCCAUUGCAUGCGCAUUGUAUAGUAUUGCCAAGGAGAAGACACAGGAUGCACUUGCCUUCCUCAAUCUCGCAGGAUAUUGCAAGAAUUGGCCGCAAAAACCGAUGAUGAAAACAGAAUACGAAUUCACAAAACCGAAUGAGAGUUUACCGUUUUCGGUUACAGAUAAUGAAGUAUCGUUUUACAGAUCACCUCUGUCAGGGCCAUUCUAUGAAUACUUCGACGCUUUGAAUGUUUUAUGUUCAAAUUGCGGAAUUAAGUAUUUCUCAAACUCAAUCAAGGAUUUUACGAACGAAAAGUAUGAAAAAUCAAAGGAAAUGGUCAGUAUAUACUAUCCUGAGUACCAUUUCGAGAAAACUUCCUUUUGUGAAGAAUGUGAAUUAUUUGAUCCCGGAAUUUCUGGGGCUCCUUCAAUGCAAGAGUUGUCAGGAGCAUCUAUAACAAAUCUGUUUAGUGAAUACUCUAAAUAUGUGAUCAAAUGCUUCCAAUACAGAAAUAGUCUCAUUUCUUCGACAAGUCCUCACAGAUUUAGCUCAAAGGACUUGAAACUUGCUGUACAAUUAGGUGAUCCCCAACUUUAUAAAGCUAUUUUCAGUGAUUUGACAAAAUUACAAAUUUCUUCCACCGACAAACUCCUAAUGUUCAAAGCCCUUGAACUCGGAAUUGAUAGAAAUUGGAAUGAAGUCAUCAAUUUGAAGACUUAUUCCAAUACUCAGCACGAGAAAAACGUAAUUGACCAAUUGACUCCAUUUUUCAGCGGCUUGAAGAAUGUCUGCUUAUGCUAG